GGAAGUGUGGGGAAACAGUCGUGGUGAAUAUGACCAGCUAAACAGCUAGUCACGGAAAACAUUGACACUUAGUUCGUAGAGCAGCCCUCAGAAGAAUAUAUCAUGAAUAGCCUGACCCCUGAGGUGGCACUGAACCGCAUCUCUCCAGAACUGCGACCCUUAUUGUGUAGCGUGGUCAGAAAUGGACGUGUUGGUCUCGACUCUACAAAUAGCCUACGGAUCACUGAUCUGAAGACAGGUUGCACCUCACUGACACCAGGUCCUUGUUGUGACAGAUUUAAGCUGCACAUCCCCUAUGCUGGUGAGACUCUCAAAUGGGACAUCAUUUUCAAUGCAGGUGACCCUGAGCUGCCUCCUGAUUUCAUAUUUGGGGAAGACUCUGAGUUUCUGCCUGAGCCCUCUGAGCUCCCGCACCUGGUUGCCUGGGAUGCGACAGAUCCUCAGUGCUUGCUCCAGCUCGUCAAAGAGCUGAUCCAACAGUAUCAUCAGUACCAGUGCCAGCGGCUUCGCGACAGCUCCCGCCUACUGUUUGAGUAUGACAGUCUGCUGGAGGACCCCAGCUACGGCCACAGCAUGGAGAUCUACGCCGGCCGCAAGAACAGCUGGACUGGGGAGUUCUCUGCCCGCUUCCUACUCAAGCUCCCUGUGGAUUUCAGUAACAUUCCUGUGUAUCUCCUCAAGGACACAGCAUUGGACCCAGGGGUGGACGUAGCUCUUCUGUCAGUUAGUUUUGAAGAUGCUGAAGCCACACAGGUGUUUCCCAAACUGUUCCUCUCACCCAGCAUUGAACAUGCCCUUGGAGGACCCUCAGCUUUACAUAUUCCUGCAUUCCCUAGUGGAGGUUGCCUCAUUGACUAUGUGCCACAAGUCUGCCAGUUACUGACAAAUAAGGUACAAUACAUUAUCCAAGGCUAUCAUAAGCGGAGAGAGUACAUCGCAGCUUUUCUCAGUCACUUUGGAAUGGGAGUAGUUGAGUAUGAUGCCGAAGGCUUUACAAAGCUCACCCUUCUUCUCAUGUGGAAGGACUUCUGUUUCCUGGUUCACGUGGACCUGCCCCUCUAUUUCCCCCGUGACCAGCCCACACUGACCUUCCAGUCCAUUUAUCAUUUUACCAACAGUGGACAGCUCUACUCACAGGUGCAAAAGUCCUAUCCCUACAGCCCACGCUGGGACGGCAACGAAAUGGCAAAGAGAGCCAAGACAUACUUUAAAACUUUUAUUCCUCAGUUCCAAGAGGGAGCCUUUGUCAACGGCAAACUUUAGAAUUAUAACUGGAUGAAGGCAUGAGAGAGAGAAAAACGAGUGGCCUGAAAUUUGUGAACAAGUGAAGAGAAUUCUGAAUUAGUAAGGACAUCUUGUAGGUCAUCCAUAUUUUCAUUGUUGUUGUUGUUGUUGUUGUUGUUUUUGUUGUUCUUUGUUUGAUUGAUUUUGAAAUAUGGAAAAUCUCUGACUUUGAGCUGAAUUAAAAAAUGCUGCAAAACACAACGUGAAAGAACUCGUAUUGAAUCAAAGGGUGCCACCAGGACUAUCAGAACUCUACACAGCUGGAGAAUCCCAAACUGGAGAUUGUUUUUGUUGGACUCAGUCUCUUAAGAGGCAAUCAGUUGACCAUAUAAUUAAGGUAUCAUUAGUGC